AGAGAAGAGGGAAUUUCAGUUUGUUUACUUCGCGAGAUGAAAAGUUUGUCUUCUUGUCAGAACACAUACCAAAUGAAUGUCUUUUGCAUAUUUCUGUCCGGUGAAGGUUUAAGUUUGAUGUCUCCACGUCUUGAAAACACGAGGAGUUCCUAAAAACACUCACCUGAACAUGCAGAAAAUAUCUCAGCUGAAGCCACAGACCCAGCUCCAACAAACAGCCGAGGAGCCUCUUCUGAACAUCCAGCAGAUGCAGUUUUGGCUGGACAAAGCAGUGGCAUGGGGCCAGGCUGACAGCCCAGACACUCAGAAAGACACCUGCCUGCACUUAAACAGACUGAGGGAUUUCCUUCAGCAACUCCUCAUACAUGUCAACAGCAUGAGCUCGACAACAGAGACCAUGAAGAGGCUUCCCUUCCUUGGUCAGUUUCUUGGACGUCUGUGCUGGAACCCUUUAGUCACAGCUGAUGCUUCAGGCAGAAAGCUGUUGUUCCAGUGCCUGUGGGAGCUUUACUCAGAGCUUCCAGGCAAUGCUGUGGAAAGGAAAGCCAACCAAUGGAUACGGAAACUGUUUUGUCAGCUUGCUACAGAAGAAGAGGAGGCAGCAGCCCAGGCAUUUAUGAAGCAUAUGAAUGUACCACCUAAUGAGUAUCAUCUACAAGUGCUGAGAAAGACGGUGGCAAUGCUGCAGGAAAAUAUCGAAAAGAGCUGCAGUUCUUUUGGCAACAUGAAUCAGAGGUGUAACUGUGACAGCAUUCUGGCCACGUCAGAGGCAUGUGUCCCGUUGGUCUCUUGUCCUGAGGCUGCUCCUCUCAUUGGUGCUCUGUUGCAGCAUCCGAUGUCUUGUGUCAGAGCUACACUAAGUGAAGAUUUCCUGAAUGCUCUCAGCUCUGCCUACUCAAGCAAUUGCUUGUCCUUGGAGGAGCAGUCAGUAGUGUCUCUGUGGUAUCACAAUCUGUCCAGCCUGGAAGAAGCUGUGCUCAGUCUCCUGAAGUGUGCAACAACCAACACCACAACACUACCACAGGAGCUUGAACAGCAAUUAACACAAUCACUUCUGCCCGAAGCCUGUGCUCAGCACUUCUCCAUCUUCUUGGUUGUAAACGACAUCUUGAGGUCUGUCCUGAAGCAAGCUGAAGGGAACGAACCUGUUAAGUUUUUGAUCCAAACCUUUACCAGAUGUUUACUCCAGAAACUGCCUCUGCAGCAGCAUCAGGCAAGCGUUUCUCUGAAGGCCUGGUUCCCACAAGCACCUCAGAGACUGCUGGUUCCUCUCUUGACCCUGCCGUCAGAGAUGCCUCAGGAGGCAUGGAAACGUCACCUGAUCUGGCUCAGCAGCUCAUUACAGAAACUGGCAGAAGAAGAAGACAAAGAGGAUGAAGACGGAGGAAGCAGCAGAAGCUCCAGUUUAGAGGGGCACCACAAAGUGUUUGAGGCCUGGUUCCUUCUGGUUCAGUGUGCACACUGGGUGCAGGUAGCUGUCCACCUGCUAGCAUCAUCAGGCCCUGAGGAUAGCGGCCCCUUCCUGUGGCUGCUGACUUUCUUCCACCAUCCCACCAACAGGGGGCACCACAGAGCACAGCAGCUUGUACGUGCCAAAGAAGCAUGGGAACACCUGCACUCCCUUUUUUUAGUUUCAGCUCAUCCUCUUCCUGUUGAGCGCCUGCAGUCAUUGGUCUCUUUGCUGUCACCACAGCCUCAGCAGCCAUCGCCGCCUACAUUAUUGAUCCUCAGCCUCUUGGUCAACUUUGCUGUUUUCACUCAGCAAUCACUGAGUAGAUCAACAGAGAUUUUACAAACGGUGGUGGAUGGGUCUGGACUGGUUGAUGAAGCAGCGAGUCUUCUCAGCUCACUGGAGCUCAAACUUAAUGGAGGAAGCAGCUUCUCAGGCGAUGCUAACCGAGUUCAUCACAGGAUCAAAGCCCUUCAAAACACAGUAACACAUACACAUGCAGCAUCGAACCCUGCUGAGAACCAUCACAACACUCACGCUUUAAAACCAGAGUGAUAUCCAGCAUGGGGGCAGUUCUUCCAGUAAAAAGAGUUCCAGGAAGCCUUCUCUCAUGUGUCUCCACUCAUCCGUCUUCAAAUCUCAGUCCUCUGUCCUCAGACCAGCUAAGACUCUUUGGGACGGUCUUUAAGAUGACUGGUUAGAAACUACUCCCAGUUUAACUGUGGACUGAUGACAUUACUGACUUGGGAUGCAGCUAUCAUAAACUGAUGGGCAGCGAGUGCCAAGACCUCACUGAGGUUGUCAAGUGGGAACCUCCCCUCGCAGGUGUUUCAUACAUUUAGUUCAACAACACCUCAAGGAGGCUGGACAGAAAGCUCCGGCAUCCAAGAGCCACCUCCUCCAUGCUAGCUCUCAAAACCCUUUAUACCAAAACGCAGAUCUUGUUUAUUUUACCUACCCAACCAAGGGCCCAUUUCGAUAAGGAAGUUCAUCAAACUCAGAGUCUAACCCUGAGCUCUGAGUUCAGCUACCCUCAGAUUAAAAACACUGUGUUGUCAGUUUCAAAACUGCAAAUUUGAGUGGGUUCACUCAGAGUUCAGUGUGGGCAACAUGACCAUGAAAAGCCAUUAUCAAUGGAGGCCAGAUCCAAUGAUUCACCAUGGCAACAGGUGACAACAAAAGGUCCACAUACUUUAGAAAUCCUCUUUGCUUAUUAACUUAUUUUUAGGGGGAAAAAAAUUACACUGCACUUAGGAGGUAUGACAUAUAGCCUGUUAGUAUCACAUAAAUGAAAAGCACAAGAUUUUGAGAUCGUUUUAAUAUUAAAAAACUAAAGUCAUAAAUAUGCCAGAAUAAAGUCUCAAACUUCUAAGAUGAAGUUAUUUUGAAGUGUGAUAGCCUAUAUUAGGCUUAAAUGGAUAGUUUAUAUUUAGACUGUAGGACUAGUCAUCAGGCUAUUUAUUGCUUUCAAAAAAGGCUAAUACCUCAUAUAUACUGCUCACAGAUAAAACAAGUUUUAUGAAACUGCCACAAAGACACCCAGGCUCUGUGUUAACUUAGCUUUAGACAAUCGCUUGCAUGAUAACAAAUAUUCUCUCACCUUUAUUCUGUUUAGUUAAUUAUUUCAGCCUAAUUUCAUAAACAUUUACAGGCAUAGACACAACUUCAUGAGGAGUAAUACAGCCCAGGCCUCCCCAAAGAAUUGGCUGGGCCCCUGAAAAACCCAGAGAAUGGUCCCUCUCCAGCUGUGAUUAAUGAUAAUGUCGAUGAAUGUGUGUUGGCUCGGUAGCAUUUGUGAUAGCGUCCUGGCUAACCGCUACCUCGUUUUGGAGCUGAGAAGUGUGUGAAGCUAUUAUUGGAUUCUGAUGUUGGAAUUAUUUACUUAUGCUACUUUUUGACCCCCUUUCACCACAUUUUCCAUCU